AUGGCUGACAAUAGUUUCGAUCAUGCUCAAACUCAAAAUCAAGAACAAGGGACAAAGUUAAGUUCAUCAGCUGAACUUCCUCAAUUUUUAAGCAAAUCAAAAUUACAAGAUCUGGUGAGGGAAGUUGACCCUACGGAGCAAUUAGAAGAAGAAGUGGAGGAAAUGCUGCUCCAAUUAGCCGAUGACUUUGUGGAAACUACAGUCAACGCGGCUUGUCUUUUAGCAAAGCAUAGGCAUGCCAACACCGUAGAGGUCAAAGAUGUCCAACUCCACCUGGAACGAAGUUGGAACAUGUGGAUACCCGGCUUCGGAACUGAUGAGGUGCGGCCGUUCAAACGUGCGACGGUCACGGAAGCUCAUAAGCAACGCUUAGCUUUGAUCAGAAAGAAUAUAAAAAAAUAUUAA